AUGGCGGUGGUUUUACGAUAUAUUGAUGCACGUGGUAUUGUUAAGGAGAGAUUUUUUGGUAUUGUUUAUGUGACGGGGACAUCUUCUUCAAUUCUUAAAUCUGCCAUUGAUACUUUAUUUGUUGAACAUGGAUUGAGUUUGAAACAGGUAAGAGGGCAAGGUUAUGACGGAGCAAGCAAUAUGCACGGUGAGUUCAAUGGAUUAAAGGCCUUGAUCUUGAAUGAAAAUAGCUCGACAUAUUAUAUCCGUUAUUUUGCUCACCAACUUCAAUUAGUUGUUGUGGCGGUUGCAAAUAAACAUGACGGAGUUGAGAACUUUUUUAAUAUGUUAGAAAUGAUGAUCAAUGUGGUGAAUGCUUCUUGCAAGCGUAAAGACAUGCUUCGACAAAGUUACAAAGAUAGAGUGCAAGAAGCAAUUUGUAAGUGUGAAAUUGAUACUGGAACAGGGAAAUACCAAGAGCUUUCUCUUAUACGAGCCGGAGAUACACAGUGGGGUUCUCAUUACAAAACCAUUUUGAACUUAAUUGUUUUGUUUCCAAAUAUUGUUGAAGUGCUCCGGUAUGUUGAAGAGGACGGGGAUAAUGGUUUUAGUCGCACUCAAGCAACUGGUAUUUUAGCAUAUUUCAAGACAUUUGAUUUCGUGAUUUAUUUGCAUUUGAUGUUUCAUAUUUUAGAAGUCACAGACUUGUUGUCACAGGCUCUUCAAAAAAAAGAUCAAGAUAUUUUGGAAGCGGUUUCAUUGAUAAGAGGAACCAAACAACUAUUGCAACAAUUUAGAGAAACUGGUUUUCAUCCACUUUUGAAGAAAAUGUAUUCUUUUUGUGAAGCAAAUGGUAUUAAAGCUUUGGAUAUGGAAGACCGUUAUUCAAAAAACGGAAGACAAAGGACCAACAUCACCAAUUGUCAUUAUUACAAGUUUGAUAUUUUCAACACUGUUGUGGACAUGCAAAUUCAAGAGUUUGGGAAUCGAUUUAGUGAGGUAAGUACUGAAUUGCUUAAAAAUAUAGCAGCUUUGAGUCUAUGCGAUUCAUUUUCUCAGUUCAUUGUAUCAGAUUUAUUGAAGUUGAGUGAGUUGUAUCCUCAAGAUUUUAGUCAUAUGGAAAGGAUCGCUCUUGAGAAACAACUUAACAUGUAUUAUUUGAUUGUGCGUCAAGAUGAAAGAUUUGCCAAUUUGAGUGGUAUUGCAGAGCUCUCUAUAUUGCUAGUGGAAACAAAAAAGCAUAAAACUUAUCCUCUAGUAUAUCGGUUAUUGAAGUUGGCUUUGGUUUUGCCAGUUGCUACYGCAACAGUUGAAAGAUGUUUUUCUGCUAUGAAGAUUGUGAAGUCAGAUUUUGUGCAACAAAAUCGGUGA